AUGGUUGUGGUAAGGUUUGCACAUCAUUUCAAAAAGUCUGCAUUUGACAGAUGCAAAUGGAAUUGGCGACAACAGCCGCAAGGAUGUUAUUAGUCCAGGGCUGGAUCUACACAGAUAUAAAAAAACGCUAUUUAAAAACCCUAUAGGUGUCCCUACCAGAGAGGAAUGGCAAAUCAAGCUGUUGGAGUACAUCAAAAUGGCAAAACUGACCGGAAAGCUCAGGAACCAAGAUGACAAAAGCUUUUAAUAAAGAAUGGGAAAAAUUUAUAAUUUAUCUAGGAGACCGCUGUAAGCAGAUGAAAACAUUAGCAGGGUUCCAAUCACACUAGUAAUGUAGCAGAUACUAUGGACAACAUGGAGAGAUAUAAAAUAUGGAUUAUGAAAUAAUAUGCAGUAGGAAAGGCUGGCAAUAGGACCCAUGGAGGGGAAGUCGGGAGAUUAUGAGAAAUCUCUAACUAUGAAUGGUUAUCAUACUACACUUGUAAAAUCAAAUAAAAAUAAUUUCAAAUAAAAUAAAAUAAAUGCAAAUGGAAUCAAAUUGCAACCCCCUAGCUAUCUGUGAGUAUUCAACACCCUCUGCACGGGGCUUUUCAGAUCCCAACACCGCCCUUCUGUGUGCAAAGAGAACAGAUUUUGAAACCCCACACCCAUCUGUCUCUGUUGAGUAGAAAUUAUUUUUGUCCUUCAUCCUUAAUCCAUUCAAUUCUAGCGCGAGCCAGUUUUUUUGGAAUAAAAAGAACCUCGCAAGUAUCAGCUUGUUUGCUCUCCUGCCGGGAGGGUUGCAAGAUUGCAAUUGCGAGCAUGUGAUGGAAGGCAGGUUCUUAAUCUCCAGGGCACCUGCAGCUUCUGAGAGGUCAGGCCAGAAUGUGUACCCAGAUGAUGCAGCCCAGAUGAUGGAGAGACUUGAAAGCCGAAAUGUAUAAGGAAUGGUUGUGGGAGCUGAGUAUGUUUCGCCCAGAGAAGAGUCCAGCAGCGUCUAGGCAUGGAAGUAGUCAGGAUUUAUGUAAUGGUGUUGGGGAGCAGGGCAACCACCUAUCAUCCUCUGUCUGGCUCUGUCUAGCAGAUUUGGAACAAAGUGUCUCCGCAACAGUUAGCGCUCAGAAAAAGAAACCGUCAAAAUCCUCAGCCAUCUGAAAACUUUGUUGUUGUUGUUUAGUCGUUUAGUCGUGUCCGACUCUUCGUGACCCCACGGACCAGAGCACGCCAGGCACUCCUGUCUUCCACUGCCUCCCGCAGUUUGGUCAAACUCAUGCUGGUAGCUUCGAGAACACUGUCCAACCAUCUCAUCCUCUGUCGUCCCCUUCUCCUUGUGCCCUCCAUCUUUCCCAACAUCAGGGUCUUUUCCAGGGAGUCUUCUCUUCUCAUGAGGUGGCCAAAGUAUUGGAGCCUCAGCUUCAGGAUCUGUCCUUCCAGGGAGCACUCAGGGCUGAUUUCCUUCAGAAUGGAGAGGUUUGAUCUUCUUGCAGUCCAUGGGACUCUCAAGAGUCUCCUCCAGCACCAUAAUUCAAAAGCAUCAAUUCUUCAGCGAUCAGCCUUCUUGAUGGUCCAGCUCUCACUUCCAUACAUCAUUACUGGGAAAACCAUAGCUUUAACUAUAUGGAACUUAUUUGAAAACUAGGAAGCUCAAGAAAACGUGAACACCAGGGAGUGCCUUUCAUGCGGUUAUCGAGUAUAUUUUGCAAAAUUACAAAGAACACGCCUUUUCCCAUCUUGUUUUUUUUAUAUAAAAAAAAUCUAAACUAAAGCAAGUUUCCUUGGAUUUGCUGAAAGCUUUUUGCAACAUCGUCCGAGUGACCUCAGCGAGCGUUUCAGUUUCAAAUAUUCUGAUUUGUUCUACUUUUAGUUAAGUAUUUUUAUUUAUUGGCUUGAUGGGGGGGGGCAGCUGCCCCCCGACGACACAUGUGCGUCUGGAAAGCCAAAAAUUAACCAGCUAGUUUCUGUGUUCAAUUCAAAGUGCUCAGCUCAAAGUUUUCUGUGGCUCAGCACACCCAAAGACUGUCUCUCCCCACAGAAACUGACCCAAAUCACUGUAUUCACCAUCCAAGGCCCUAAAUUGCAUGCCGUCUAUAAGUGGGGUGCAGACACGAGAAGAGGCCUUAUCAGUGGUGGCUCCCAGUUUUUGAAAUAUUCUUAACAAGGAAACACACCUGGAAUCUCUUGUUUUUAGGCUCAUCUUUAUUUCCCCCCAGGCUUUCAGUUUUUAACUGAGAAGAGCAGCUUGAAUAGCUCGGUCGGUAGAGCAUGAGACCCUUAAUCCCAGGGUUUAACUAGCAGGGGGUUGGACUAGAUGACCCUCGCGGUCCCUUCCAACUCUACAAAUUCUAUGAUUUUAUGAUAUGUAGUUAUGACAGUGGCCUUUGGAGCUCAUCCUUUAAGCAGGGUGGGUAGGGCUUGCUCCUUUAAAUUAUGUUUUCGAUUCUGUUCCUUGUUGCUGCUACAUCUGAAAAUAGGACCUUUCUUAGUUCUGUUUUUUUAUGUUGUAAGUUGCUCUGAGAUUUAUCUAAGUGCAAAAAUGCAGAUAAUAAUAAUAAUAAUAUGUUUCCCUCCCCUUAUGGUUUUGAUACUUUUAAAAUGAGGCUGUAUUUUAAAUUGCAUUUUAACCUGUAUUUUAAAUUGGGUUUUUCCCCCUAUCAUGUUUUUACUGUAAUUUUUACUGUUAGCUGCCCUGAGCUAAUCCCUGAAUGGCAGAAUUUAGAUUUUUUAAAACUCCGGCAAGUUACACAAUCGUGCCACUAGAGGGGGAUGCAGUCCUUCUUUUCCGAGCCUUCUGAAACCAGAACGGUGGGUGAUUUUGAUAUUAGACUCUCUAUACGGUACUGUUUUGUACUGAACAGAUUUGGAAGGCAGUCAGCAGGAAUCAAGGCACUUUAUUCCUGGCCCUCUAGGGAUCCUAGACCUCCUCCCUUGAUGUAUUUGGAGGUUACGCCGUAGCAGCCUGUCUGGUCAAGGCUGCCUGGCCCUUCCCGUAAAUUGCAAGGAUAUUGAAGAAUAAAUGAAUAAUCCCACGAUGCAGGCAAUUGCGGGCGAGUUCCUUGCUGAGAGCAAUUGUCUCCCUCUGCAGCAGCAAAAGGCUUUAGGUUCCCAGCAUAAGCAUCUUUGCAUUGAUUGGAAGCGGCAAAACAACCACUUUGCGUUGUUGGAAAGGAAAACCGUCUGACUGCAGCUCUGGAAAGCCCCAAGCACAACAUUAAAUGGACUCAACAGCCUAAUGCUCGCUGAAGGUUUAAGAGAAAGGGUGGGGAGCUCUUUGCCCCAGAGCUACAGGAAGUGAGGGGGGGGGCUCAAGGUCUUUUUAAAAAUUGCAGCUGUAACAGCUCCUUUUGCACCCUCUCUUGCAUUUUAUCGCAUCGCAAUUUGAAAUCUGUGGCAGAAUCGUUCAGUGCGCGUGGCUGUCAACCAGAAGGCCGGUGGUUCAAGUCAACCCUACAGUUCUACGAUUCCUUGAAUUGAAAUGGCAAUACAGUAAAACACAAUGCGUAUAAAAAAAUAAAAAUAAAAGAAUAAUAAUAAAUUUUAUUUAUACCCCGCCCUCCCCAGCCCAGACUGGGCUCAGGGCGGCUAACACCAGGUAUAAAAACAAUUGAUUAAAAUACAACUUAGAAACAAUAUUAAAGUACGACAUUAAAAUGCAGUCUCAUUUCAGUAGAAACUCAAAUCAAAAACUUUUUGGGGAUGAGAACGUCAAAUCUUCACCAAGGCCAGCUAUCCAGACUGGUCCUAUGUGGGCCAGAAAAAGCCAGGGAAGUCCCCAAAUAGGAGUUCCAUCUCAGAAGGAAAGAGGAAAGGGGGAGGGGAUCAAGUUGAUUCCAAGCCAAAGGCCAGGCGGAACAACUCUGUCUCACAGAAAUCAGAUCCUGCAGGGCCAUGGUCUCAUGAGCGAGGUACCCAACCUUGUACGAUGAAAGACAAGUUGUGAAGCUUUGUGUAUUCAGCAAAUAUGAUGUCCAACACAGAACAGUGAUUCCGGAUAUUGACUACUGUUUCGUAGAAUUCUACCUCGCUUCAUUUAAAGAUUUUCGGAGACUUUGAGACUACAGAUUUCAUUUUGUACUUGUUAUGGUUUGAAGGAAUUCUAUAAAGAUUGUCUAUUAUGUAUGUAUAAGGUCAUCGUGUUUCCUAGAUAUCAAUGUGAUGCAGCAGCAAAAAAGGCUAAUGCCAUUCUAGGCUGCAUCGGCAGAAGUCUAGUGACCAGAUCAAAGGAAGUCAUAGUCUAUUGCUCUAUUCUGCCUUAGUCAGACCCCUCCUGGAAUCCUGUGUCCAGUUCUGGAUGCCACAAUUUAAAGUAAAAGUAAAGGUAAAGGGACCCGUGACCAUUAGGUCCAGUCGUGACCAACUCUGGGGUUGCGGCGCUCAUCUCACUUUAUUGGCUGAGGGAGCCGGCGUACAGCUUCCGGGUCAUGUGGCCAGCAUGACUAAGCCGCUUCUGGCGAACCAGAGCAGCGCACGGAAACGCCAUUUACCUUCCCGCCAGAGCUGUACCUAUUUAUCUACUUGCACUUUGACGUGCUUUUGAACUGCUAGGUUGGCAGGAGCAGGGACCGAGCAACGGGAGCUCACCCCGUCGCGGGGAUUCGAAACGCCGACUUUCUGAUUGGCAAGUCCUAGGCUCUGUGGUUUAACCCACAGCGCCACCCACGUGGCGGCAUUUAAAGCAAGGAGAGACAGCCCUUAUGUGAAUGGUGGUGAUUAGCUGGAAGCAGGGGGAAGAUUCUCCUGCACUCAUUAAAGCACAUACUUGAGCAUUAAAAAUGAAUGCGCGAUUUAGGGCUUAAUAGGCUUGGCGUGACUCACCCGCAAUUUCCAUUGAUCGCUUAUGAAAGUAUCAGCUGAUCUGAGUUGUGGAUGAGAGCAGGGGGAGGUCUGAAGCUCUUCUUUGCCUUGGAAUCUCAUUUUCCUUUCAUCGUUUUUAUUUAGGCAGCUGCUCGCUUGCUACCCGCAUUGCAGGGGGCUGGACUGGAUGACCUUUGGAGUCCCUUCCAAUUCUACGGUUCUAUGAUGCUAUCUGCUCAUGCUGUCUAUUUUGCCCCAUCAGGGCAUUUAUUAAACCAGCAGAAGCAUCUUCUAAGAAAAACAACUCUUUAAAAUGGCCCUUGGACUACCCAUUGGACUGCACGUUCCUAUAUCCCCCAAAGUAUGCGGGCAAUGCCUGAGGAAGUCUCAUUCAGCAACGGAGGGUUCAUAUAGGCAAAUGCCUCGUUGCCUUAACAUGUUUUGCUUCAGACCCCAAAGUACAGCUUCCAUCAUCCCUGAACCUUGGCCACAGCGGGUGGGACAGAUGGGAGCUGGAGUCUAGACACAUCUGGGGGUGGGUGGGCGUAGGUCCCCAGCUACCGUAUUUUUUGCACCAUAACACUCACUUUUUUCCUCCUAGAAAGUAAGGGGAAAUGUCUGUGCGUGUUAUGGAGGAAAUGCCUACGGGUGGCAUGCCUACAGAUUUUCCUCCUCUGAAAACUACGUGCGUGUUAUGGUUGGGUGCGUGUUGUAGAGCGAAAAAUACGGCAAUUGUAAACACACCAUGAAUGAGUUGAUGUCAUGGCAUUUUCAUAGAAUCAUAGAAUUGUAGGGUUGGAAGGGCCCUCAGGGGUCAUCUAGUCCAACCCCGACAAUGCAGGAAUCUCAACUAAAGCACCCAAGACAGAUGGGCCAUCCAACCUCUGCUUAAAAACCUCCAAGGAAGGAGAGUCCACCACCUUCUGAGGGAGACAGCUCCACUACUGAACAUCUCUUAGGGUCAGAAAGUUCUUCCUGAUGCUUAGUUGGAAUCUCCUUUCUUGUAACUUGAAGCCAUGGGUUCGAGUCCUACCCUCCAGAGCAGGAGAAACAACCUUGCUCCAUACUCCAUAGAGCUACCCUUGAGAUAUUUGAAGAUGGCUAUCAUAUCUCCUCUCAGUCUCAUUUUUUCCAGGCUAAACGUGCCCAGCUCCUUCAACCAUUCCUCAUAUGGCUUGGUUUCGAGACCCUUGAUCAUCUUGGUUGCCCUCCUCUGCACACAUUCCAACUUGCCAACAUCCUUCUUAAAUUGUGGCACCCAGAACUGGAUCCAGAAUUCCAGGUGUGGUCUGACCAAGGCGGAAUAGAGUGGGACUAUGACUUUCCUUGACCUGGACACUAUACUUCCAUUGCUGCAGCCUAGAAUAGCAUUAACCUUUUUUUUUGCUGCUGUUGCAUCACCCUCCACUGAAGGAGAGCUCACAAUCCGUUCCACUGUCAAACGGCUCUUACCACCAGAAAGUUCUUUCUGACAUUUAGUUGGGAUCUCCUUUCUUGCGAUUUGAAUCCACUGGUUCAGGCCCAAAGCCGCAUCUUGUUGCAUCUUCCGUGUGACAGCUUCAGAUACCUCUCAGCUUUCUCUUAUCCAGGCCCGAAAAUACCAAACUCCCUUACCUGCUCCUCAGCUUGGCUGCACAGCGAUGUCACAAACCAUCCCAGGGUUGAGGCCAGAGUACGUGCUCUCAGUGAAAUACCGGGAGACUUGUUGCGAAUAUCCCUACCCCGCUAUUCCUAGCUCUCUUAAAAGGUGGUGGUGGGGGGGCACAUUUUGUUGAGCAAUAUAAAAUGUUUACGAAAGUCGCGCCAUUUCACCUCGGCACAGGUGACAAUCCCUUAAAAAAAGAUUCCUGGCAAACUUAACAAAGAAGGGGAAAAAACCAGAAAGAGGAGAAAAUGCGAAGGAGAGAAAAACAAAAGAAAGCCCCCAAACGACACCAGCUCACCUUAAGGAUACAAUAACCAUUAGUACAUCCAUUGUAAAUUUAAAAUGCAAGUCAACCUAAGCCGUCCAGAUAGGUAUCUAUGUGAGAUUAAUGUUUGUAUGAAACAUGAUAGAAUGCAGCAGGGGCUCUGAGGUCUUCAGGCCAUUGCAUAAUAGAUGGGGGGGGGGGGAGUGUUUACCCUUCCAGGCUUAGUGGCCACAAGUGCUCACAAAAUCCAAUUUCUACUAAUCUUUUCCAUUGAUACAGUACAGUGUGUUCAGCAUAAAGGUAACAAGGAAAAAAACGCAGACACCCUUCUUUGGAAAUUAAGCUAAUAUCCAGACUUUUAACAUUCCAAACUUUACUUGCAGAAACUUAUAGAUGUAUUGAAACAUACUAUUUAAAGUCACAUGCUUCUCCAAGCAUGGGCUUACAGUCUCAUCUUCUAACUUCCAAACAACUGUAUUUUCCUCCCUUCCCAGAGCUCAGCACUUUCAGUCUUCUGUAUUACUGUUAAGGUUAUGCCUUGCAGCUCCUAUGGGAGAUUCCUGCUUUCAUCUUCUUCUGCAGUUUAGCUCUCUUUCUUCCAAGCAGAGAAGAAGCACUCCCACACUCGAUUCAACUUAGCAGUGUUCACAGUGGAUUCUAACACAUAGUCAUCUUGCUGCACAUAAAAUGGAGUCUCUCCUUCACGAGAUACCUCCUGACAUUAGCCAAUCACAUGAGAACUCUCUAGAAUUCAGUUACCAGCCAUCAAAUGUAAACACAAAGUAACGCAUACAAGCAUCUACAAGCCCAUAUAUAGACUUUUGAAAUUGCCACCUGUAGCUCAAGACCACCCCCCAAAACAUCAUACAUACAUCACAGAAGGGGCGGUCUACAGCAGAAUCCUGUCUGGCAGGAAACCUUUUCAUGGGUUUACCUGGACAGCCUGGCCAUUCUUUUGUGAUGGUAAAUACUUAAUUCCUGAGUCCAGGUCACAGGCUCACCCUAUUCCUACACAAAUGUGCCCUUAAGGCAGGAUUUGUGAGCACAGAGACAAUGGGGAGGCUUUUAGGGAAGCUUUUAAUGUUUGAUGCAUUACUGUAUUUUAAUAUUCGGUUGGAAGCGGCCCAGAGUGGCUGGGGAAGCCCAGCCAGAUGGGCGGGGUAUAAAUAAUAAUAAAUUAUUAUUAUAAUUAUUACUAUUAUAAUUUUCCCAUUUCCAUCCAAACUGCAGUGGAAUAUUUGAGGUCACUGAAAGAGUCAAAAUGGCUUUAGGACUGUUUUCCUGUACAGUGGUACCUCGGGUUACAUACGCUUCAGGUUACAGACUCUGCUAACCCAGAAAUAGUAUCUUGGGUUAAGAACUUUGCUUCAGGGUGAGAACAGAAAUUGUGUGGCGGCAGCGCAGUGGCAGCAGGAGGCCCCAUUAGCUAAAGUGGUGCUUCAGGUUAAGAACAGUUUCAGGUUAAGAACGGACCUCCGGAACGAAUUAAGUACUUAACCCGAGGUACCACUGUACAGUCUCAGACACGUGGUUUAUAUAUUUAUGUGUUUGCCUGGUACAUUUAUGAACAUUUAUUUUAUAUCUUAGAUCUUAUAAUUCUCAUAACAGGGAGAAAAAUAGGGAGAAACAGUCAACUUCCACUAAUGUGACUUCCAGAUAAGCAGGCUUGAGGACUCUUGGAAGUCUUCAUCCAGCAGGUUAGGAACAGCAAAACGCUUGCACAGGGCUGUGCUUAUACAUUUUGAUUUCCACUUCCGCUACGGUGCUUCUAGCAGGGCUAGGCGAAUCCUCGUAUAUUUGUGGCUUCUUUACUCAACUCUGACUUGUCAACCAUUAACUAAACCGCAAAAAGUAAAAAAAUACAAUAAAAAACCAGUUUCUAUUCUUUGCUCCUGCGAAAUGUCAAGCUGCUAAUUCCUCUUCAGAACUCCCUCCCUGUGGCAACGAUCCUCUCAGAAACCUUUGCGCCGUUUCUGUCAUUAAAAAAUAAAAUAAAACCCAACCAAACAUCUUUUCACCGGAGAAUCGCAGAGGGGGCGGUUACCCUGGCAACGCCGUUUCCUUGCUUCCCUUUCAACAGAGUGGUUAUAGUUCCACGGGUUCACGGCAUGUGCCGGCGAUUCGCGCAGGAAGGGCAAACACGCCCUCCCUGAAGAGCCCUAUAAAAAGGUCCGUUGCCAAGGUGUCCCUGCGAGAUUAAAUGGACAUCUAGUGGAUUGAUUUCCUGUUCCUUCUUCUGAAAGGUAUCGAAGGCUCAGCCUGGCCUCCCUCCAGCAAAAGCAGGUGUGCCGUGUAAACCGCUGCGUUUCUAUCUUUCCUCGCUUUUAGAAAUUUGAAAACCAGCCAGAUCUCUCGGUGAACCUGCAAGGUUUAAAAAACCCACCCAACCUGCAAGCAAGUGAUAUACUGUGGUACCUCAGGUUAAGAACUUAAUUCGUUCCGGAGGUCCGUUCUUAACCUGAAACUAUACUAUUUUAGCUAAUGGGGCCUCCCGCUGCCACCAUACCGCCGCUGUUCUCAUCCUGAGGCAAAGUUCUUAACUCGAGGUACUACUUCCGGGUUAGCGGAGUCUGUAACCUGAAGUGUUUGUCACCCGAAGUGUUUGUAACCCGAGGUACCACUGUAUAGAGUCAUAGAAUUUGUCAUAGACCUGUCCGAGUCCAAGGCUGUUGAGGGCUUCAAAGGUCAGCACAAACCCUUUGAAUUGUGCUGGCAACGUACUGGGAGCCAGUGAAGAUUCUUUAGGACCAGUGUUAUAAGGCCCUGGCAGCCACUUCCAGCCACCAGUCUAGCUGCCACACUCUCAACAACAACAACAAUAACUCUGGGCUGCUUUCAACAAAAUAUUAAAAUACAGUAAUGCAUCAAGCUUCCCUAAACAGGGCUGCCUUCAGAUGUCUUCUAAAAGUCUGGUAGUUGUUGUUCUCUUUGACAUCUGGUGGGAGGGUGUUCCACAGGGUGGGUGCCACUACCGAGAAGGCCCUCUGCCUGGUUCUCUGUAGCUUGGCUUCUCGCAGUGAGGGAACUGCCAGAAGGCCCUCAGCGCUGGACCUCAGUGUCUGGGCAGAACGGUGGGGGUGGAGACGCUCCUUCAGGUAUACUGGGCCUUUGAGGCUGUUUAGGGCUUUAGAGGUCAGCACCAACACUUUGAAUUGUGCUCGGAAACGUACUGGGAGCCAAUGUAGCUCUUUCAAGACUGGUGUUAUGUGAUCUCGGCAGCCGCCCCCAGUCACCAGUCUAGCUGCCGCAUUCUGGAUUAGUUGUAGUUUCUGGCUCACCUUCAAAGGUAGCCCCACAUAGAGUGCAUUGCAGUAGUCCAAGCGAGAGAUAACCAGAGCAUGCACCACUCUGGCAAGACAGUCUGUGGGCAGGUAGGGUCUCAGCCUGCGUACCAGAUGGAGCUGAUAAACAGCUGCCCUGGACACAGAAUUGACCUGCGCCUCCAUGGACAGCUGUGAGUUCAAAAUGACUCCUAGACUGGAUUAGUUGCAGUUUCCAAAUCACCCAGAUACGAGGCCUUAAUGAGAGCAUAUUCACACUUUGCAGAGCCAAAAUGUUUGGAUAAAAACAAAAACCAGAGUGUGCAGGGAAGCUGUGGCCUCCAUAUGUUGUUGUACUACAUCACGAACACGAGAGGAGCCUGAAUCACGCCAGUGGCCCACCUUCUCCACCAUCCUGUUCUCACCUGAGCCAACCAGAUGCCUGCGGGAAACCUGUGAGCAGGAUCUGAGCACAAGAGCAACACUCUCACCUCCUGUGGUUUCCAGAAACUGGGAUUCAAAAGCAUUGCUGUGGAAGGAGAACAUAGCCAUCAGGUCUAGUAGCCAUUGAUAGCUCUCUGCUCCAUGAAUUGGCCAAACCCCUUUUUUGAAGCCUUCUAGGUUGGCGGCCAUCGCUGCCUCCUGUGGGAGCAAUUGUGUCGUGUAGGGCCGCCAUCUUUGUUCUGGCAAAACAACAGGAUAGAGCAGGGCGGGGCAGCUGAGGGGCAAUUUUUCUUUUUCAUCUGGUUUGUGGUCCAGCAACAGGUGCUCACUGGAAGGACAGAUCCUGAAGCUGAGGCUCCAAUACUUUGGCCUCCUCAUGAGAAAAGAAGACUCUCUGGAAAAAAAACCCUCUGAUGUUGGGUGAGAUUGAGGGCACAAGGAGAAGGGGACGGCAGAGGACAAGAUGGUUGGACAGUGUUAUAGAAGUGACCAACAUGAAUUUGACGAAACUCUGGGAGACAGUGGAAGACAGGAGUGCCUGGUGUGCUCUGGUCCAUGGGGUCACGAAGAGUCGGACACGACUAAUCAACUAAACAAGAGGUGAAUACUGUGGCCUGAAAUGUAAGAAAACUCUCAGAGGUUCCAUAAAAGCAAAUGUGCCAGGGGCCUUCUGUGUGUCUGCUUUUGAAGGGGCUUGUGGGAGCAGAAGAAAUCCGGCCAGUUAAAAAUCUAACUCUUAAAAAUCUAACUGCACACAGCAAUGAAUAAAUCUCACGUUGUGAGGCUGAGAGCCGCAUAGCUCUGCCCUCAGAGAGCCAGGCACUUUUUGAUUUACUUUGAACCGUUUUGUCCAUGGUGUACAGUAACUCCACUGAAAACGCAACUUGCAGGAUGCCUCGGGCGCAUAGAGGCACUCAGGGAAGUACUGAGCAGAUAAGGCCCAGUGAAUUAUGCACCUAUGCUCCAAUCUGCCUGCCAGCGUUCCACAGGAGAUGUGUUAUGCCUUCUGCCAAUGGUUGUGAUGGAGGGGCUAUGUCUUUGGCCUCCCAGCCAACGUGGCCAGUGGCAUGGGGUGUUGGGAGUUGUCAUCCAACGGCAUCUGUAGGGCCAUAGCUUCCCCACUUCCCUCUCUCAUGAUUCAGUAUCUGUGAUGAGUUCUUUGAGCAAGGAAUGGAGGGGGGGAUCUGUUUUAAAUGGAUUUAGACAAGGGAUUUGAUGGUUCCAGACCAGUCAAGCUUUGCUAAUCUCCCAACAGCUCCUUGUAUCAUGGAAGACCACCUUAUGACUGAGCUGUUUUUGCACUGCUUUUCUUAAAGUCAAACUAAUUAUUAUACUUUAUGUGUAUAAUACACACAGGUAACUCACAACUUACUCACAUUUUACUUGGGAACAUUCAGCUUUGUAUACUUGGCAAAAAAAUAUCAAAUCACAUCAAAGGGGACGGGGGGGGGUGUCAGGAUUUUUGUUGUUGUUGUUGCAAUCCCACCCACCGUUGAACCCAAUAUGAUUUGACUAUUCACAAUUUUGGCUUUAGGCACUAUCUCUGGAACAUAAUUGAGGUCAUUUUAAUCUCUUUUAGUAUUUAAAAUUUGGUGUGUUUUAAAGUAGGGUUGUAAAUCUUCUUUGAUUUUACCAUUGAAUUUGAUGUAAACCGCUUUGAGGUUGUUGUGGUUGUUUACAAAAAAAGUGGUGUAUAAAUUUUAGGAGGUAAAUAAAUAAAUGCUGAAGUUUAGGUCUUGAGAUCAUAUUGAACCUUAUUCAGCACACUUGGUACCAAUUUUGGUCCUGGCUUGUACACCAACAGCUGGGUGCCCCAAACCAGUAUCCUUUUGUAAGGUACCAAGGAUGGAGGCAAGUGUAAGCAGCCUAACUGCAUCGCAGCGGAAACAAGUUAGGCCGGUUUCUCAGCAAUCUCUUUGGCUAACAUUCCUUGGGUGAUACUCACAUAUUUACAGACCCGUAAACUUCCUCCUUUCCCUGGGACAAUACAGCACAUUAGAGAGAAGUCGCCACUCCCUACCUUCUAAACCACGAGGGCAUAGAACUUUUCCUUCUCGCAUCCAGCCAACUCUAAUCACCAACAGCUCCAAUAAUAGGAAAUAAAAAUCUACGUUGAGUAAUCUGUCCUGCAAGGGAGAAAUCUGGAAUCUCUUUGAGAGUUGCAGCAUUCUCAGAAUCUACCACCUGCAAAUGAUAAAAAAGAAACACCUGGGAUUACUUUGUGGGUGCAAGUAAUGGGUGACCUCUGAAUUACUACUCAGCAGAAGCGCAAACUAUGUAAGUCGUUUUGCUCUAAAUAUUUCUUUCAUAAUAAUGGCAUGAACAGAAGGGAACUUUUCCAUGCAUUCUGCCUCUCUCUCUCUCUCUCUCUCUCUCUCUCUCUCUGAGUUCCAAAUCUUGUGUUUCAAAUGUGUUUCUGUAGUUUUCCAUGUUAGAAUAUUAUACCAAGGUUUGCUGAGAUGUCUGCUGCUGCUAUUUGUGUGAGGAGCACCGGGUCCCCAUGACAGGGUUGGAUUUACUAUGAGACUAAAGAAGCUUCAGCUUCAGUCUAUAUUGCUUAAAAAUAACAGUAAACCCAAUUUGAGUCACAUGACUAAAAAACUAUAAGGCACAGGAAUUUUCUAUUCACACCGGUGCUUUUGACAUGUUAGAUAAGCCAGUAGAGCAAUUUUAAUCAAUGUCAUGGAACAACCUCACUGAAGAAGAUAACAGUGGUUACCUAGACCUUGUUGCUGGUUGUGAAGGGGCCCCCUUAACAGCUCAAGCUUCAGGGACCCCAAAAUUUAGGUCUGCCAGUUCCCCAUGGUGUCUCGCAGUUUGUCACUCCUGCAUUCCACUCUCCAGUCUUAUCGUGUAGAGUUAGGAGAUACCCCAGGGGUCAUCUAGUCCAACCCCCUUGCAAUGCAGGAACCUCAACUUCAGCAUCCAUGACAGAUGGCUGUCCAACCUCUGCUUAAAACCUCCAAGGAAGGAGAGUCCACGACCUCCCAAGGGAAACCGUUCCACUGUCAAACAGCUUUUUCUGCCAGAAAUUUCUUCCUGAAGUUGAGUCAGAAUCUCCUUUCUUGUAACUUGAAGCCAUUGGUCUGUGUCCUACCCUCUGGAGCAGCAGAAUACAAGCUUGUUCCCUCUUUCACAUGACCCCCCUUUAGAUAUUUGAAGAUAUUUCUAGGCUGUUGUUGUUGUUUAGUCGUUUAGUCGUGUCCGACUCUUCGUGACCCCAUGGACCAGAGCACACCAGGCCUCCUGUCUUCCACUGCCUCCCGCAGUUUGGUCAAACUCAUGUUUGUAGCUUCGAGAACAGUGUCCAACCAUCUCGUCCUCUGUCGUCCCCUUCUCCUUGUGCCCUCCAUCUUUCCCAACAUCAGGGUCUUUUCCAGGCAGUCUUCUCUUCUCAUGAGGUGGCCGAAGUAUUGGAGUCUCAGCUUCAGGAUCUGGCCUUCCAGUGAGCACUCAGGGCUGAUUUCCUUCAGAAUGGAUAGGUUUGAUCUUCUUGCAGUCCAUGGGACUCUCAAGAGUCUCCUCCAGCACCAGAAUUCAAAAGCAUCAAUUCUUCGGCGAUCAGCCUUCUUUAUGGUCCAGCUCUCACUUCCAUCCAUCACUACUGGGAAAACCAUAGCUUUAACUAUAUGGACCUUUGUUGGCAAGGUGAUGUCUCUGCUUUUUAAGAUGCUGUCUAGGUUUGUCAUUGCUUUUCUCCCAAGAAGCGGGCGUCUUUUAAUUUUGUGACUGCUGUCACCUUUUCUAGGCUAAACGCACCCAAUUCCCUCAUAAGGCUUGGUUUCCAGACCUUUGAUCAUCCUCCUCUGUGCACCUUCCAACUUUUCAAUGUCCUUCUUAAACUGUGGUGCCCAGACUGCACACAGGACUCCAGGUCUGCAAUAAAGUAGUACUAUUAGUUUGCUCUUACUUUCUUCCCUUAGAACAUGGCAGAAACUCUAAAGUUAGCCCAACUGUUGCAGAGUUGGAUUUUGGGGGCACAAAGCCAGAGAGGUGUGCCCAGCACGAAGCCGCAGAGAGCUUUAAAAUUAAGGAGAAGCCUCUUGAUCUGCUGAUCAGGCGCUGUUCUGAGAGCGCAUGUUAGUCUCGUAAUUUUUUUCCUCUGCCUGCGGAUCCUGAAAUAGCUAUUAGCUACCCCUGCCAAAACACGCACUCACACACACAGAGGACAGGAAGAGUGUCUUCAGGGCAAGCGUUAAGUACAUCUUGGCCUACUUAUUCAUUUUACGUAACCGUUUAUUUAUUUUAUUUUAAAAGCGUGUGCCCCGAAUGGAGGCAGAUAAAUAGCCGCAGGCCAGACCUGCGAGAGGCCCCAGUUUUGUCUGGGCAACCUGCUCUGCGGACGGGAAGUCCUGUUACUGUUAAAAGGACAGGGGCUGAUUAAACGGAAAGCUCUUUGGCAGAGCAUCUUUGCUCCCCGGAGUAAUGGAGGUCAGGCCGGUUGCCAAGGAAACGCAUUCAACCUUCAGAGGAAGGGCUUAGAGCUACAUCACCUGGAGUCAGUUUGAUGGGGGGGGGGAGCUUUUGGACCAGGGCUUCGAAAAGGGGGCAGCGGGCCAAAUUCUGGAUAUAGUAAAUUGCCACGCAGGGGAUCUAAAAUGGAAGGGCUAAACUGAGCGGAGUUGCAGGAGAGGACGGGGGAUGCAAGAACGGAGAGCGGGAAAGCUCUGAACCUUUUCUCUUAUGGGGUGUGUGGAAGCUGAAGGGCCUAUUUGGAGGUAGGAGACGAUGUCCUCGUUUUCCUACAUAAUAAUAGUGCAGUGCUGCAUUGUCAAUAAGCAGGGCUGUCACCUGCUUAAAUAAAUCUUUAUUAAUUGAAUCAUAUGAGUUUUAGGCAAUAGAAUUGUACGACUGUAUAGUUGGAAGGGACCACAAAAUAAGAAUGUUAAUGAUAAUGAUGAUGAUAAUCAUAAUCAUAAUGAUAAUAAUGAUAAUAAUAAUAAUAAUAAGAAGAAGAAGAGUUUGGACUUGAUACCCUGCCUUUCACUCCCCUUAAGGAGUCUCAAAGCGGCUAACAUUCUCCUUUCCCUUCCUCCCCACAACAAACACUCUGUGAGGUGAGUGGGGCUGAGAGACUUCAGAGAAGUGUGAGUAGCCCAAGGUCACCCAGCAGCUGCAUAUGGAGGAGCGAGGAAGCGAACCCGGUUCACCAGAUUACGAGUCCACUGCUCUUAACCACUACACCAUGCUGGCUCUCUAUUAUUAUUAUUAUUAUUAUUAUUAUUAUUAUUAUUAUUAUAUUUACACCUUGAACAUCUGGCUGCGUUUCCCCAGCCACUCUGGGCAGCUCCCAACAGAAUAUUUAAAACACGAUAAAACAUCAAACAUUAAAAACUUCCCUAAACAGGGCUGCCUUCAGGUGUCUUCUAAAAGUCAGAGAGCUGUUUAUUUCCUUGACAUCGGAUGGGAGGGUGUUCCACAGGGCAGGUGCCAUUACCGAGAAGGCCCUCUGUCUGGUUCCCUGUAGCUUUGCUUCUCGCAGUGAGAGAACCAGCAGAAGACCCUCAGAGGUGGACCUCUGAACGAUGGGGGUGGAGACGCUACUUCAAGUACACCACUGCCACUUGCAGUGUUGUUUUGCCCCUUCCAUGGGGCUCUUGCAGGUAUUGUCCCUAUUUCCAGAAGAGCUCAACUGGAGAACUUGGGGGGUGUGUGUGUGUGUGUGUGUGUGUGUGUGCGUGGUGGAAUGCAUGGAUACAAAUUCACUCCAGGGUGGAAUCUAGUCACAUAUAAAAACCACUUUGAAAAUGCUUUUUUAAAAAAGCAUUUUAAAAGGUACAUUGAAUUUUUCAUAACACUCACCUUCACCAUCUAGUGUCACCUUGUAUAUUGCACUUAAAGCACACGUAAAAUGUUUUAUUUGCAGCUGAGUCCCAGGUUUCAUUUAAAAUCCUGUAUUAUUAUUUCUUCAGUUAAAAAUUCAGGGGAGCAAGAAAUUCCAGCCACAUACGGUUCUGGCUCCUCUUACACCUCAGUCCAUAGCUGGAAUUGUCCUUCUUGGGAGUGAACUCAGGGUGUAUCUGUUCCUCUGACUUCUGAUUUAAGGGCCUGCUGGAUUUUGUAGACAUCUCAGGGGAGGAGUAAGAACUUGCUUUCUUUAGAAGAUGACUGCAGAUUGCGAGGUAUUCUAGCAGUGAUGUAAACCAUCUUCAUUGACUCAAAAUAUUGCAUCCGGGUGUUGCCAUAGUAACAAAGAUGUUCACAUAUCUCUUAUGGGGGGGAGGGGUAAGAAGAUUUCCAGAAUGAUGUGGUUCAUGAGACUGCAGUCAGCUGUUUGCCAGGCUACAACUUCCAAUCUAAAUUUUGGGGAAAGGACAGAAUGACAGGAGUGGAUGGAGGGAUGGCUACAGAGGUCGUCUGAGGCUGAUGAUUGGAUCAGUGCAGCAAAAACAGCUAAGGUCGCUACCUGUAGUUUGUGGGUGCGAUUCAGGCGCAUAUCUUAAAUUUACAUUUCUGCAGUUUAAGUCCUCUUUAAAGUAGGGUUGCCAUAUGUCUGGAAUUUCCCGGACCAAGCUUGUAUUCGGCCCUCGUAAACAGCACCUGGGCGGAAAUCGCUUAAAUUUCUGGGAAAAUCCAGAUGUACAGCAACCCUUGUCGGAAGCGUAGAUGUUGGGGAAUUUCACAAAAAACAGCUCCGAAACCGAACAACUUUGGCCAACUUCUUUUGUGUCCAGAUUGGCGCUGUGGGUUAAACCACAGAGCCUAGGACUUGCUGAUCAGAAGGUCGGCGGUUCGAAUCCCCGCAAUGGGGUGAGCUCCCAUUGCUCGGUCCCUGCUCCUGCCAACCUAGCAGUUUGAAAGCACAUCAAAGUGCAAGUAGAUAAAUAGGUACCGCUCCGGUGGGAAGGUAAACGGUGUUUCUGUUCGCUGCUCUGGUUCGCCAGAAGCGGCUUAGUCAUGCUGGCCACAUGACUCGGAAGCUGUACGCCGGCUCCCUCGGCCAAUAAAGCAAGAUGAGCGCCGCAACCCCAGAGUCGGUCACGACCGGACCUAAUGGUCAGGGGUCCCUUUACCUUUAGCUUUAACCCUAACUUAAAAAUGCUCAUUCAACAAAUCCACUUAGAAAAGCACCAAAUGUUGGUUUUUUUGUGGUCGGGGAAGUGAUGGGGGGGGGUCAUGCGUGGAAAAGCACGAGAUGAAUGAAUGGGAAAAGGUUAGAACCAGCUUAGCAAGCAAAUUGGGACCAAUUCAGAAUGAUGGCUCAUUGCCUAAUAACCUCCCCACAAUCGAAUCGGGGUGAACGCACAGGUCAUCUGGAUGGGCCCACGGGGUCUUGUGACAAUUUUAAAGGCUCAACAGAUGUAUUGAAGCAUGAGCUGUUGUGGACUGGAGCCCAUUUUGUGCAACAUGACUUGUACUCUUCAGUUUUCAGGGUGUGAGAUGUGUCUGAUAGCUUGCUCUUUUUCUCACACGGUCUGUAGGGGAGGGAGAGAGGCCAAAAUGCCAUAAAACAUUAAGAGGCAGAGGCAUGUCUGUAGAGCCCAGAUGUUUGUGUAAGAUAAAAAGUGGCCAUUCAUUUUAUGCCAGCUAAAGGUGCUAUCAGACUAGCUCAGGCAUAGCCAAACUUGGCCCUUCAGCUGUUUUGGGACUACAGUUCCCAUCAUCCCUAACCACUGGUCCUUUUAGCUAGGGAUGAUGGUAGUUGUAGUCCCAAAACAGCUGGAGGCCAAGUUUGGCCAUGCCUGGACUAGCUGAAUUUAAACCCACUUUGAGUAGACUGUGAGCAAACUCAGAAGAAAAUACUUUUGGCUGCGAAGGGGACUUGGGGGGUUAAGUUGAAAGGCUUAAGAUACAGUGGUCCCUCGGUUUUUGAGCAUAAUCCGUUCCGGAAGACUGUUCAAGUUCUGAAACGUUUGAAAACCGAAAACUCAAUCGGAAGCCAUGUGGCACGUUCAACUUCCGAAAAGGGUUCAAAAACCGAAAUGUUCCUCAGUGACGGUCGAAAACUGAGGUACCACUGUAUUUGAAGAUGGCUGUCAUACCUCCCCUUUUCCAAGCUAAACAUACGCAGCUCCUUCAAUUGUUCCUUCAGUUAAGUGUGAUGUGCCUUGUGUUUGAGGCGUCGCUUGAAAUGUAAAUAGCAGCUUCUGAGAGGUGACCUUCGCUCCUUCGCUGCUCCUAUUUACAUAACCAAAGCAGACACACUGACUGCAUUCACAUGACUAAUGCCAUAUCCCAUGUGGCCUUUAGAUGGUGUGCAAGGAGGAUACAUUCAACAGUGGUGGUGGACUCUCCUUCCUUGGAGAUUUUAAAGCAGGCAUCCCCAAACUCGUCUCUUCAGCUGUUUUGGGACUACAACUCCCAUCAUCUCUGACCACUGGUCCUGUUAGCUAGGGAUGAUGGGAGUUGUAGUCCCAAAACAGCUGGAGGGCCGAGUUUGGGGUGCCUGCUUUAAAGCAGAAGUUGGUUGGUCAUCUGUCAUGGAUGCUUUAGCUGAGAUUCCUGCAUUGCAGGGGGUUGGACUAGAUGACCCUCGGGUCCCUUCCAACUCUAAGAAAUCUGUGAUGCCUCCUUGGCACGUAGGAGGAAGGACGAUAGCUCAGUGGUGCAACAUCUCAGGGAAAGGACCAUAGCUCAGUGGCAGAGCAUCUGCUUUGCACGCAGCAGGUCCCAGGUUCAAAUCACGGCAUCUCUAGGUAGGGCUGGCAAAAACUCACUACCUGAAACCUUGGAGUGCUGCUGCCAGUCAAUGAAUAACGAUAAAACAAUGAACAGGGUGGUGAUACAAUGACUACUGCAAUCGACACAAGAUAACCAAGGCAACCAUCUGUAAACAAACAAUAGGACCCCUGACCAUUAGGUCCAGUUGUGGCCGACUCUGGGGUUGCGGAGCUCAUCUCGCUUUAUUGGCCGAGGAAGCCGGCGUACAGCUUCCAGGUCAUGUGGCCAGCAUGACUAAGCCACUUCUGGUGAACCAGAGCAGCGCACGGAAACGCUGUUUACCUUCCCACCGGAGCGGUCCCUACUUAUCUACUUGCACUUUGACGUUCUUUCGAACUGCUAGGUUGGCAGGAGCUGGGACCGAGCAACGGGAGCUCACCCUGUCACGGGGAUUCGAACCGCCGACCUUUUGAUCGGCAAGUCCUAGGCUCUGUGGUUUAACCCACAGCGCCACCCGCGUCCCUCAAACGAACAAUAAACGUCCAUAAAAAUGGCAAUAGUAGUUUCUUUCCCAAAUAGGUUUUAUCUUAACCAAUUGCAAAUGCAGUAAAUUAAGAGUCCACUUGUGAUAUUCCAGUAGUUCAGUGUUUGGACAUCGUUCCGGUAAUCAGACGUUUCGUCGUUAAAGAGCUUAGUCAUCGAGCUGUCAAAAUCAACUGUAACAGGAUUGCACUGAAUUUCCUCCCCUUUAUUUGAAUUUAUUUUACGACACACGUGCACGCAUUAAACAUAAAAAUAAUAAUACAUAAUCAACACUAAAACAAAAACAAAAAACAGAGAAAUACAACUAAAACAUUGUUACUUACAAAAAUUUAUACAAACAAAUGAACAUCAAUAUAUAUACCAUAUUUCCUUUCUUUUCUCCCAAUUGACUUCCUUGAUCUUCAACACGGUUCUCUUUUUGUUUUUGGUAAACUGUUUCCUUCUUAAUUCCUUCUUACCUCUUUUUCUUUCUAUUUUUGACUUACAUACCUUAAUUUAUUUUGCAGAAGUUAAUCAUUUUUAAUGUUUAAUGCUGUAUCGUCUUUUGAAUAUUCGGUUGGAAGCCUCCCAGAGUGCCUGGGGAAACCCAGCCAGAUGGGCAGGGUAUAAAUAAAUAAUUAUUAUUAUUAUUAAUUAAGGUAUCCCCCGUAAAAAAGCUUCUGUUUUCUUAAUAAAAUUUUGUUUGAAUAUUUUCUUUAGCUCCUCAUACACCACAUCCCAGAAGCCCUUGAUUUUAUCACAUGUUCACCACACAUAUAUGAGUGUCCCCUCUACUUGAUUACACCUCCAACACAGAUUUGAUUUUGUUUUAUACAUUUUGCAUAUUUUGGUUGGCGUUAAAUACCAUCUAUAAAACAUCUCUAUCAGGUUUUCCCUUAUCGCUUCACAAGCCGUAAAUUUCCAACUUUCUUUCCAUAUUUUUUCCCAUGAUGAUAGUUCGAUAGUUUUACCUAUAUCUUAAACCCAUCUAAUCAUUACCUCAUUUACUUGUUCGUCCUUAACUUCCCAGUCCAACAGUGUUUCAUAUACUUUAGAAAUUACUUUUGUCUUAUUUUGUAAUAACUCUUUGUCUAGUAAUGAGAUUUCAUUUGUAAAGCCUCUUUUCUUGCACUGAAUUAUCAAGUGCAAUAAGGAGAAUUAAAAUUAAAACUACGUUGAGAAUGCAUAAUUAAGACAGAUCUUUGUAGUAUAUAAUAUGCUAGAGAAGAAAGUAUGUCUUUAGUAACGAAGAGUCGGGUUGCUGUAGUUUAAGAUAAAACCUAUUUGGGAAAGAAGCUACUUUUGCUAGUCAGUGUAGACAAGACUUAGCUAGAGGCACCAAGUGCCUGACUCAGUAUAAGACAUCUUCCUAUGUAACUACUGGGUCCUCAACAGGUGCUGAUAAAUUUGAUAACUAUAUAGGUAGAGGUAAAGGUACCCCUGACUGUUAGGUCCAGUCGUGGACGACUCUGGGGUUGCAGCGCUCAUCUCGCUCUAUAGGCCGAGGGAGCCGGCGUUUGUCCGCAGACAGUUUCUGGGUCAUGUGGCCAGCAUGACUAAGCCGCUUCUGGCGAACCAGAGCAGCGCACGGAAACGCCGUUUACCUUCCCGCCAGAGUGGUACCUAUUUAUCUACUUGCACUUUGACGUGCUUUCGAACUGCUAGGUUGGCAGGAGCAGGGACCGAGCAAUGGUAGCUCACCCCAUUGCGGGGAUUCGAACCGCCGACCUUCUGAUCAGCAAGCCCUAGGCUCUGUGGUUUAGACCACAGCACCACCCGUGUCCCUUAUAACCAUAUAUGAGUAUAUAAAUUGACACAAAAAGCUGCUUUCAGGUAUAGGGUCUGUGGCAGGAGUACACAUCUGCCUUCUAGUGAUUUGCCUGGAAGAAACCUUUUUCAGCCGUGGGCCGGUCCACCGACCCUCAGACCAUGUGGUGGGCCAGAUUAUAUUUUGAAAAAAUAAACAAAAUGAAUGAAUUCCUGUGCCCCAUGUAAAAACACCAGGCAGGCCCCACAAAAUAACCCAGAGAUGCAUUUUAAAUAAAAGGACACAUUCUACUCAUGUAAAAACACGCUGAUUCCCGGACUGUCCACUGGCCGGAUUGAGAAGGCGAAUGAGCCGCGUCCGGCCCCCGGGCCUUAGGUUGCCUACCCUUGGCCUGGAAUGACAGAAGCAAGAUUUUGUUCCAGGAAAGAACAGGUUGUGCUUGUAAGACUACCCUGUGAUCAGAGAAAAGUCAACUAUCUUAAGUUCAUCCAGUCCUGGGCAUCAGAUGUAGGAUAAGAGGAAUCUAAUGACAACUGGGGGGGGGGGAGUUUUAAGUUGGGUGUGCACGGUGUGCUGGAUGGCAAGACACCCUCCCGGAAGGGGAGGGGAGUAGUGAAGGGAGUAGUGUAACUGUCAAAAGGAAAGUUAGAGGUUGGGCGCGCGCGCCAAGUUCAAAUGUAGAGGCGCGCGGAAGUACAGGGAGCCCGGAGGAAGGGCCAGGUCCCAAAGCCCGCAGGAGGGGGGAAGAGCAGUCGGGGGAUAGCGCGUCAGGGGAAUCCAGGAGGGGCGAAACCCCAGCGGGCAGAAAGACCCUGAGGAAAAGGAAAGAGAGAAAGAGGUGGAGCAGCGCAAGGCUCUUAAACUGGUGCAGGGGAGGGACUGACUCAGAGGGGACUACAACGGUCUAAGCGUACAGACGUGGGGCUGCGCGCCUCGGAUAUGAAGCAAACAAUGAACUGCAAUAAACACUUUUGAAUGUAAGAAGAGAUUGGCGUUGGUCUUUUGUGAGCUGAGACUUGAGGCAGCCUUGACAAUGCGUAUAUAAAUUGACACAAAAAUCUGCUUUCAGGUAUAGGGUCUGUGGCAGGAGCCCACCACUAUCCUGAUGUUCCCCAGAUCCCCCACCCUCGAACUCGUGACUUUUCACCCAGUGCUGACAGCACACUUUCAAGCUUAUCUCUGCAGCGCGUCAGGGUAGAAGAAACGGGCUUCUGUGCAAACUGGGAGAAGCUCAAGCGAAGGCUUAUUAAAGCAAACUGAACAGCACACAGCUGUUUUAACAAAAUGUGGGUCACGUCAGAGCUGCCGGAGCGUCGCUUUUACAAAGCGGCCUGCUGUUGCAGCAAGCGACUGAUACGGCGCAUCGUGAGCUGCAGUUAUCGGCCUCAAACAGGUGGCGCUUUUAUUCAUGUGUGAGGCGCACACAAUGUGCAAACACUCCAGAAAUAAAACGUGUGUGUUUUCGCAGGACAGAAGCUCUCUCGGCUGAUUAUCUAUUUCAAACAAGCCGGAGACAGAAUUGUUGCAAUCGCCUCUUGCCUGCUGCAGGGGACGGGACUGUUGUGUGACUCCCUCUGCCGUCCCCAAAGGUGACCCUGAUAAUCGCAAUCACACAAACACACAAAUUGGCAGGGAGGAGAAGAAUGAGCUGCGAGGCUUGGAUGCAGAGAAAGCUGUAAUUUUCACUCAAGGAAAGAAGCUCGACUGAGCAUAGACUGAGCUUUGACCGUGCUAUUGUACGCCAUGCAUAAAAGAGAAACCGUGCCCUUUUGCACGCCUUCAAAUGCAAAGCAACGGGCAGUCCAGUGUUAGUCAUUCCCACUGAGGUCAGUGGGAACUUUAGUUUAAGCCAUGAGUAGGCAACCUAAGGCUCGGGGGCCGGAUCUGGCCCAAUCGCCUUCUAAAUCCGGCCUGCGGACGGUCUGGGAAUCAGCAUGUUUUUACAUGAGUAGAAUGUGUCCUUUUAUUUAAAAUGCAUCUCUGGGUUAUUUGUGGGGCAUAAGAAUUCGUUCAAUUUAUUUAUUUUUCCAGAAUAUAGUCUGGCCCCCCAGAAGGUCUGAGGGACAGUGGACCAGCCCCCUGCUGAAAAAGUUCGCUGGUUUAAGCACUAACUUGCAGGUUUCCCUGGGGAAUAAAAGCAGGGCCAAUGCAACUGUUGGUGCAGAGUUUCAGCCGUAAAUAUUGUAUGUGUGAAACAUUCAGAAAAAGUUUCUGACAUUAAGAGCUGUUCGGCAGCAGAACAGACUCUUACAACAGGUGGUGGACUCUCCUUCCUUGGAGGUUUUCAAGCAGAGGUUGGAUGGCCAUCUGUCAUGGAUGCUUCAUCUGAGAUUCCUGCAUUGCAGGGGGUUGGACUAGAUGACCCUCGGGUCCCUUCCAAAUCUUAAGAUUCUAUGAUUUUAUGAAAUCCCAUCUUUUUCGGUCUGGAUAUGUCUGACAGGGCCCCAGAGUUUAAUCAAUAAAUUGGUUUGAGGAAUCAAUCAAUCAGCUAAAAGUGCCUACGUUUAAUCAGGCGGCAUAACAUUUAAAAAAAAUUUUUUUUUUAAUACACGACUUUUAAAAACGGCAGAUGGCAAGUACCAUUGUAAAAGUGUUCCCCUGUUUCUCUUUGACACAGGAAGGAAAGCCUUUUCUACAAACGCUGGUAAGUGGCAUGUGUGCAUCCUCUUAACACUGCAUGUUUCUUGCUUCAGAAUGAUUGCUUUGACUCAUGUACCUGCACUAUUUUGCAGGUACUUAUCUAUUCCAGCUUGAUCACCCCCCGCUUUUUAGUAGAUGCAUACAGGAUCAACCAAAUAAGCUUUUCCAAUUGGGUGGAUUUUUUUGUUUUGUUUAUUGUUUUAAAGUGUAUAUUAGAAUUAGGUUUUAAAACCUAUUUUAAUUGUUGUAUUUUUUUUAAACGUAAGUUAGUUUUUAUUGCAGGAUAAUAAAUUUCCUUGAGACGUGCAAAAGGCAAUUCACAGAUAAACAAUUUUUUUUUUUAAGUAUAUCAUUUACCAGGUGGCAGACAGCACAGUUUCAUUUGAAAGCAGACUGUGCAUUUUUUAGGGCACUGAUGGCCAACAGGUCGAUCACGAUCUACCUGUUCCCUAAAAACUUUGGCUCCCUAAGAAAAGCUCAACAACUUUGGUAGAUCACUGCCUGUUUUCUUAUGCUGGGAGUAAAUUGCGGUCUCUUGAAACAUGCCUGUUUUAGGGAAUUCAACCGUAAGUGCAAACACACAGGUUUCAAAAAAAGUUGGAUUUUCAGAGUCAUUUCAUAUUUUAAUUAUGAUGCAAGCAUCACUCACCACUCAUUUAAAGGUGCAGAGGCCACUUUUCAAGGAGAAGGUUUGCGUGCUCUUUCUUCUUGACCUUGAAAAAUAAAAUGAUUUAAGUGCCUGCUUCAAGGAUGAAGGGAAAAGUGGGCUAAUUGCACAUCAUUUCCCCGUAUGCAGCACUAUUUAGUUAUUUAGAGAACUUUGCACAAGCCAGCGUAGAACAAAUGGACCAAUAGGUAAGAAAAAUUCAUAAAACACCACAUUCCUUAAAAACACAUCACAAAUCAGCAAAGCACAGUUACUUAUAGUGCCAGCCUUCAGGUCCCUCUUCAAACAGCUGCUAAAAAAAUAGCCACCUAAAACUAUAGAGAGAUGGGGCUAGAUGCACCUCAGAAGGAGGGAGCCACCACUAAAAAGGCCCUUUCCUGGACUCCACACCACCUACCUCAUACAGAGGAGGGACCACCAGGAGGGCUUCACCUGUUGAUUUGAGAGAACGGGCUGGCUGAUAUUGCACAAGGUGCAUCGUGUUCUUUAUUCGAGCAUUAACUAACUAAGCAGUGCUGUUUCUCAGCUUAUUCCAGCGCUGACUUUGGCACAGAGUGCUGGGCUGGGCUCCGGUUUGCUCUCUGCUAAAGCAUUAGCCACCUUGCCGUUGCUCAGGCGUGAUCCACAGAACCUGACAACGCGUCACUUGGUCGCGCCUUGUUUUUCAGAAAGCUAAUUGCUGUUUUCGGGACACACUCUCCCACAGCUGUGAAGGCGCGGUUUUUCUUUUCAGGAAGUGAAAAUAACAUACAUUCACUGCAGACCUAUACCAUAGAAUCACAACAUUGUAGAGUUAGAAGGGAUAUCAAAGAGUCGUCUUGUCCAACUCUCUGCAAUGCAGGAAUCUCGGCUAAAGCAUCCAUGACAGGUAGACAUCCAACCUCUGCUUAAAAACCUCCAAGAAAGGAGAGUCCACAACCUCCUGAGGGAGACCGUUCCACUGUCAAACAGUUCUUCCUAAAGUUCUUCCUAAAGUUUAGUUAGAAUCUCCUUUCUUGUAACUUGAAGCCACUGGUUCGUGUCUUACCCACCAGAGCAGGAGAAAACAAGCUUGCUCCAUCUUCCAUGUGACAGCCCUUCAGAUAUUUGAAGAUGGCUAUCCUAUCUCCUCUCAGUCUCCUCUUUUCCAGGCUAAACAUACCCAGCUCCUUCAACCAUUCCUCAUAAGGAACGCUUGGUUCCCAGUCCAUCAUCUUGGUCGCCCGCCUCUGCACACGUUCCAGCUUGUCAGCAUCCUCCUUAAAUUGUGGCGCCCAGAAUUGUAUACAGGACUCCAGGUGUGGUUUGACUAAAACAGAAUAGAGUGGUACUAUGACUUCCCUAGAUCUGGACGCUAUACGUCUGUUGAUGCAGCCUAGAAUAGCAUUUGCCUUUUUUGCUGCUGCAUCACUCCAUUGACUCGUAUUAAGCUUGUGGUCCACCAAGACCCCUAGAUCCUUUUCACAUGUACUACUGGUAAGCCAAAGCACUUGGGGCCACCGUUCAAAUCAUAGAAUUAUAGAGUUGGAAAGGACCUUGAGGAACAUGUAGUUUAUCCCUCUACAGUGCAGGAAUAUGCAGCUGUCCCGCACAGCGAUCGAACCUGCAACCUUAGCUAACCAUCUGUCCUGAACUAUCCUGAAUGCACUUGUCUUAGAGCUGUGGAUUAGGGUUAGAGCAUCAGUUGCCGGCAUGGUGGAUGAGGCUUUGCAAGACAACUUCCUCUACAGUGGUACUUCGGGUUAAGAACUUAAUUUGUUCCAGAGGUCCGUUCUUAACCUGAAACUGUUCUUAACCUGAGGUAGCACUUUAGCUAAUGGGGCUCCCGCUGCUGCCGUGCGAUUUCUGUUCUCAUCCUGAAGCAAAGUUCAUAACCUGAGGCACUGUUUCUGGGUUAGCGGAGUCUGUAACCUGAAGCGUAUGUAACCUGAGGUACCACUGUAUUGCUAAGACUCAGAGAGGGCCAUAUAUGCUGUAUAUGCUGUCACCAUGAGUUUUUUUCAAUGCCUGCAUCCAAAAUCCUGUGCCCAUUUCACCAUAACUGCCUUGACUUGUUCUUCUUUUGUUUCCCAUUCCAAAAGGUAAUCGUAGAUUCAUGAAAUAUUUUUUCCUUUGAUAAAAAUUAAUUCUCUUUCAAAUUUGGAUGUUUCUUUCGCAAUCCCUUGUUUUAAAUCCAUGGCCAAUCUUUGCUGUAACUGAAAAUAUUGUAACCAAUCCGUGAGGUAAAGGUAAAGGGACCCCUGACUGUUAGGUCCAGUCGCGGCCGACUCUGGGGUUGUGGCGCUCAUCUCGCUUUAUUGGCCGAGGGAGCCGGCGCACAGCUUCCGGGUCAUGUGGCCAGCAUGACUAAGCCACUUCUGGCGAACCAGAGCAGCGCACGGAAACACCGUUUACCUUCCCGCUGGAGUGGUACCUAUUUAUCUACUUGCACUUUGACGGGCUUUCAAACUGCUAGGUUGGCAGCAGCAGGGACCGAGCAACGGGAGCUCACCCCGUCGUGGGGAUUCGAACCACCAACCUUCUGAUCGGCAAGCCCUAGGCUCAGUGAUUUAACCCACAGCGCCACCCAUGUCCCUAUUUUCCCCCUAAUCUGGUUCAAAUACCAGAAGUGAGUUUGAUUGGGAGGAAACUGGGAGGGGCUGGAUUGGAGGAUGCAAUGCAGGGAAGAUUUCGCUCCCCUAAACUGCACGCCCUUUCGUUACCAAAGUCGCCCCCACUUCCCUUUCAAUAUGUGAAAGCAGUAGAGGCGGAUGAACAAAUGGGAGCGCCCCAUCGCAUCCUAAAUGUAGUCCCCAGACUCUAUAUGUGGUUUCAGAAGAGGUGUCAAAUUUCCUUCAAGAUAGAGCAUGCAUGAGCACAAAGGCUGUUUGGGUCAAAUUCCUCUUCCCCUUGGUACAUCCAUUACAACCCCCAUCCCAAGACAACAGAGCUUUCGAACUGCUAGGUUGGCAGCAGCAGGGACCGAGCAAUGGGAGCUCACCCUGUCACGGGGAUUUCAUAGAAUCAUAGAAUCAUAGAGUUGGAAUAGACCACAAGGGCCAUCGAGUCCAACCCCCUGCCAAGCAGGAAACACCAUCAGAGCACUCCUGACAUAUGGUUGUCAAGCCUCUGCUUAAAGACCUCCAAAGAAGGAGACUCCACCACACUCCUUGGCAGCCAAUUCCACUGUCGAACAGCUCUUACUGUCAGGAAGUUCUUCCUAAUGUUUAGGUGGAAUCUUCUUUCUUGUAGUUUGGAUCCAUUGCUCCGUGUCUGCUUCUCUGGAGCAGCAGAAAACAACCUUCCUCCCUCCUCUAUAUGACAUCCUUUUAUAUAUUUGAACAUGGCUAUCAUAUCACCCCUUAACCUCCUCUUCUCCAGGCUAAACAUGCCCAGCUCCCUUAGCCGUUCCUCAUAAGGCAUCGUUUCCAGGCCUUUGACCAUUUUGGUUGCCCUCCUCUGGACACGUUCCAGUUUGUCAGUGUCCUUCUUGAACUGUGGUGCCCAGAACUGGACACAGUACUCCAGGUGAGGUCUGACCAGAGCAGAAUACAGUGGCACUAUUACUUCCCUUGAUCUAGAUGCUAUACUCCUAUUGAUGCAGCCCAGAAUUGCAUUGGCUUUUUACUGCCGUGUCACACUGUUGGCUCAUGUCAAGUUUGUGGUCAACCAAGACUCCUAGAUCCUUUUCACAUGUACUGCUCUCAAGCCAGGUGUCACCCAUCUUGAACCGCCGACCUUCUGAUCGGCAAGUCAUAGGUUCUGUGGUUUAACCCACAGCGCCACCCGCGUCCCAAUCUGUUAGGUGACUUUUAAUUCCCUCGUAUUUUUUCAAUGUAGGCUUGUCUUUACCUAUUUCUAGGACUAAUCGGUACGUAGGCCAAUCUGCUUUCAUAUUUCUUUUUUUUUACUGUGGGCAUCACCAACAGAAACCAUGGCAGAGCCUGUGGCACGUUCAGCUGUUUGUGUGCUGAACUCUGUCCCCAUGCAGCCAAUCGCCCUGGAUAAAUAUUUCCAGAGAAGUAGCCUUCUGCAGCAAACACAGCAGAGUCCUGCCGCACCUCAAAGACUAACAUCAUAUAACUUGCUUAUAUAAGUACAUUUCCCAGCACAAUUCAAAGUGUUGGUGCUGACCUUUAAAGCCCUAAACGGCCUCGGUCCAGUAUAUCUGAAGGAGCAUCUCCACCCCCAUCGUUCUGCCCAGACACUGAGGUCCAGCGCCGAGGGCCUUCUGGCGGUUCCCUCCCUGUGAGAAGCCAAGUUACAGGGAACCAGGCAGAGGGCCUUCUCGGUGGUGGCGCCCUCCCUGUGGAACACCCUCCCACCAGAUGUCAAAGAGAACAACAACUACCAGACUUUUAGAAGACAUCUGAAAGCAGCCCUGUUAAGGGAAGCUUUUAAUGUUUGAUGCAUUACUGUAUUUUAAUGUUUUGUUGGAAGCCGCCCAGAGUGGCUGGGGAAGCCCAGCCAGAUGGGUAGGGUAUAACUAAUAAAUUAUUAUUAUUAUUAUUAUUAGUCUAGAUUCAGGUAGGUAGGCGUGUUGGUCUGGCGCAGUCGAAAUAAAAUAAUAAUAAUAAUGAAUUGUUCAGUAGCACCUUAUAGACCAACUAAGUUUGUUCUGGUAUAAGCUUUUGUGUGCAUGCAAGACUCUCUUGCUGGUUUUUCCUGGAGAUGCUCAGGAUUGAACCAGCUGAGGGGGUGUGUGCAUCUGCUUUGCGUACAUAAAGUCUGAAGUUGAAUCCUUGGCAUCUCCUGUUAAGGCCUAAAACCCCAUAGCUGUCAACCAUCCCUUAUUUGGCGGGAAAGUCCUUUAUCCCAGCACCAUGUCCCGCUGCUGUCCCUUAUUGAUGAUGUCCCUUAAAUUUCCCGGAUUUCAAAGGAAGCAGCUCCUCUCCCUCCCCCCCUGCCAGCCAGGGAGGAGGGAGGCUCCAACUGUGUUGCUUGGCUGCGUUGCUCACCCAAUAAGGACUCUAAGAACAACUGGGGGGUGGAGCUUGCAUGCCUUGUGCCGAUCAAAUCGGCCGCGUUGCCUGGGGACUUGCCUUUUGCUCAGCGCUUCCCAGCAGAGAGGUGACGGUGGUUUUCCUUGCUGCAUCCCCUUUGCCGGGUUGCUGCGCUGUGGGAACCACCGCUUGAGGCUUCAUUUGGCUGCUGGCUGGGGUUUCUGCCUUUGGCUCGGAGGGGCUCAGAAGUUGAACAUACCUGUGUUCGGAAAAUCCCUUAUUUUGGCUGCUGAUCCCUUAUUUUCGAGGCUGCUGGUCCCUUAUUUUCAAAUCUGUAAGUUGACAGCUAUGAAAACCCUGGAAAAUGGCUGCCAGUCAGUGUAGACAGUACCAAGCUAAUUGGACCCAUGGGCUGACUAUUUUAUAAAACAACUUCCUGUGUUCCUGGGAGUGGAACAGCAGGUGGUUAGCAAGGAUUUCUCCCAGUCCUUCCUGGAGAUCCCAGGGAUCGAACCUUCGGCUUUCUGUGUGCACGGCAUCUGAGGUACAGCCCAUCCCGGUGCCACCUGUGCACAGUUUAUGCUGCUGGCAGAGGCGUUGUGCAUUAAACCCAGUGCAAGAUUGCCCAAGUCUGCUCCACGCAGCCUUUCCUCAGAGCUACGGCCCACACAAGUUCUCUUGGUGUUCAGUCUUGUGUGUGCAUGCAAAUACACACGCUAUAUAAUUAGCCCCUCGUUAUGAAGGGUGCUAUAGGAACCAGCAGGGAAAUAAUGUGUUGCUCCAAAUGUAUAAUGAAAUUCAAUUAGCGCAAAUGGCAUAAGAACAGUUUAUGGGCCGCUGAUUGGGUGGUGGUGGGUUUCUAAUUGGAAAAGUACCAGCUUCCCUAUUAUCUCUGCUCCACCUCCUACCCCAAAAGUCGGGAAUGAAACUGGCAUUAAAAGGAGCCUUGGCUGACAAUGCUCCUGCCCCCCCAAGUUAAAUGUGCACGGAUUGAAUCUCCCUCUGAUGCAGUUGAGGAAUUGCUUUGUGUGCACUUAAAAAGUCCACCCCCUUUUUUUUCUUUUAAAUGAAAGCUGUGGUGGUAGCAAUAGGCUGCCACUGAUGAUUGUGCUUUGCAUGCUUCCAAGACCAUCUCCUUUGCUGAACGAGCGAGUGCUGCAAAACACAGGGGUUUCUCUGCAAAAAAACAAAAACCCCUGCAAAUCUUUUGCACAGGUUUGGAGAAGAUCCCAAAUCUUGGGGUGCAUAGUCAAUUUUCCUAGAGUGAGCAAUUUUUGGGCAUGGUGGCUAGCAUCUUUCUCCCACUCCUGCACCAGGAAAGGCUGGUUUCUGCAACCUGUAAAAAUUACGGAAUUCUAGAACGGUUGUGUAAUUUCUCGCUUUGUAUAAUUCAUUCUGCGGAGUUUUCAGCUUUCUUUCUUUCUUGUUCGCAUGAUAUAUUUAACUGCUUGCCUGUCCUGGAGCAGGACAAGAAACUCAUUGGGGUAGGGCAGCGAUAUAUCCCAUUCCUGUACUUUUGGCUUCUGUGAUCUUCGCUGGGCAUUACAUUUAAGCAUAUCCCAGAAACUGCUUCAACUGGCCGGCUAAACCAGGUGAGGGUAGCCGACAGGUCUCAAACCCUCGAUGAGUUAGGGAUUUCCCUUCAUUCAAAGACCGGCUCUAGCAGACAAAGCAAUCGUGGGUCCAGCGGUCAAGAAGGCGGUUUCUGAAUGUGCUGUAGAGGGAAGUGAGGGGCAGGUGGGGCUCGUCAACCUGGGAAGGGAGCCCAUCUAGGAGAAGGAAAACUCUGAUCCUGAAUCUCUGCUGCCUUCCAGGAAAUCUUCGGCAGUAGAAAAGGCUCAGAAGUAAAGCCUACACAAAUCCUUAAAAUGGAUGGAUGGCGCCUUGAAAGCCUCCUUCCAUCAGAUCCUGUAGCCAAGCUGGUGCUCAAUGUCUUGCUCUGCUUUCCUUUGGACCACAUGAGCCAGGCUGGGAGGGGCGGGUCUCGUCAUCUGGGCAGCCCAAGACCUCCAUAAAUACCACCCAGGCUUGCGUUCUGCAAUGGGGGGGGGGGCGUGCCACAUAAUAAUAAUGAUAAUAAUAAAAUUUAUUUAUACCCCGCCCUCCCCAGCCAAGACUGGACUCAGGGCGGCUAACACCAGGUAUUAAAACAAUCGAUUAAAAUACAACUUAAUAACAAGAUUAAAAUACAACAUUAAAAUGCAGCCUCAUUUCAGUAGAAACUCAAAUCAAAAACUUUUUGGGGAUGAAAACGUCAAGUCUUCACCAAGGCAAACUAUCCAGACUGGCAACUACGUGGGCCAGAAAAAAGCCAGGGAAGUCCCCAAAUAGGAGUUCCAUCACAGAAGGAAAAAGGAAAGAGGGGGAGGGGAUCAAGUUGAUUCCAAGCCAAAGGCCAGGUGGAACAACUCUGUCUUACAGGCCCUGCAGAAAGAAAUCAGACCCUGCAGGGCCCUGGUCUCAUGAGACAGAGCGUUCCAUCAGGCCGGAGCCAGUGUUGAGAAGGCCCUGGCCCUGGUUGAGGUUAAUCUGACUGCCUUAGGGCCCGGGACCUUUAGGGUGUUGCUAUUUAUGGACCUUAAGGUGCUUUAAGUGCUGCUAAUGCAGCAGUUUGACUUCAUGUCCGGAGGCGCACUCCAUGGUCUGUUGAGACAGACGGAUGCCAACCACAGCAACAAAGGGGGUGGGGGGUGGGUCAGAAGGCACAUGAGACCACCGCUUUGCUUAAGCUAAGCCAGGGGCUAGCGACCCUAGUGGGUACGUUUGGAAUUUUCAGAAAGCGCCUUGGCACCAGUGGCAAACUAGCUGCCACGUGUAUAUGUGUGUGGGACAACACAAAAGGGGUGCCACAGCUAAAAUAGGAGACAAAGAGACAGGACUUCUAAGUCGUGCAGGCAUGCCCCCCCCAUUGCCUCAAUUCAGUUGUCACAUUGAUUGGCGGGGGGUGGGGGCGGGGCAGAGGCACCUUAAUCAGGCACUCUCUGCUCCCAGAGAGGAGCUGUUUGCGCUUUUCCAAUGUUCCUUCUGGGUUGACAUCCUCAGUCCUUUUCUGUCCCUAAGUGGGACAGAAGGCAAAGGACUCAGAAUAGUGGGAACAUUUUCUCUGUCUUGCCAAAUGCAAGGUGGUUCUUUUAAAAUGAGAUUCAGAAGUAAUAAAAAGACACAAGUGAGCGAGAAGUUGAAAGAUUUUAUUCUAAACAGCAAGCAAUAUAUACAUACCAAGCAAGCACUUGCACCUGCCAAUUGGAAGCCCUCAAGAAGCGGCAAAGUGACUCCCCCAGGUAGCCUCAGUUUGCACAGCCCCGCAGUUGGAACACGAGCUUCUCAAAAACUCUGCCCACAACCACCCGAUCUAUAGAUAGCUAGCCUGUGUGGCUUGCCCGACUGGCUAUGUGCAGAUCAUUCAUUAACCACCCCCUCCCAAUGCCUCACUUUCUCAAAACAAUGUCCAACAUCAGAGAAGGUACCUCGCACUAUCACUUCCAACUGAUUACAGGGGUCAGCAAACUUUUUCAGCAGCGGGCCGGUCCAGUGUCCCUCAAACCUUGUGGGGGGCUGGACUAUAUUUUUUUGGGGGGGGGGAAUGAAUGAAUUCCUAUGUCCCACAAAUAACACAGAGAUGCAUUUUAAAUAAAAGCACACAUUCUACUCAUGUAAAGACACCAGGCAGGCCCCACAAAUAACCCAGAGAUGCAUUUUAAAUAAAAGGACACAUUCUACUCAUGUAAAAACACGCUGAUUCCCGGACUGUCCGUGGGCCGGAUUUAGAAGGCGAUUGGGCUGCAUCUGGCCCCCGGGCCUUAGGUUGCCUACCCAUGGAUUAGGACAGACAUCCCCAAACUCAGCCCUGCAGAUGUUUUGGAACUACAAUUCCCAUUAUCCCUGACCACUGGUCCUGUUAGCUAGGGAUGAUGGAAGUUGUAGUCCCAAAAACAUCUGGAGGGCUGAGUUUGGGGAUGCCUGGAUUAGGACAUUAAAGGCUGUUCUUAUGCCAUCAAAGAGCUUAUCAAGAGUCAGGGAGGGGGAAGGAACAGAGGCAGGAAAGGUAACCAUGUCAGAUCACUAACUCCUCGAAAGACAAUUCAUCUUCCGGGUAGAUUGCCCAUACAGCUCCUAGAGCAAAUCAAAGACCAAGAGGCAUAUACCUGUACACCUGUCAGGCUGCUACCCUAAACUUGCUGAGGACCAUAGGAAUCUGCCUUUGGCUGAGUCCAACCAUUGGUUCAUGUAGUUCAGUAUUGUCAACAUUGCCAGACAGGUGCACUUCAAGAUUUCAGGUGGGGUUCCCUCACAGCCCUCCCGAGAGGUGCCAAGGACCUUCUGUUUUCAAAGGAGAUGGAACACCAUUAAUGUCACUUACCUGGGCAUAACAGCCAUCAAAUUCCAUAGGAUUUCCUUCUGAGUAGACAUGGUUACAGUUGUGCCGUCAAGCUGGGCCCAAAGGCAACAGGCCUGUUCUUUUCCUACCCUUUCCUGCGGCUCCCUCGGGAAUCGUGCCUCUUUUACAAAUGCUUAAUUCCUCUGCGUUGUCACUGUCAACGUCUGGGAACGCCCAUUUGCCGACAUGACCCUGCAAAGCGCCAGCUUAACGCCUUGUGCUUUCUUCCUUGUGCUUUUCCUCGCUGCCAGUUACUCCUGAAGCGAUUGGGUUCCUCUCAGCUGUCGGGGUCUUCAUCGUCCUCUUUGCGGUCCUCUUCCUCUUCAUCAACAAGAAGCUGUGCUUUGAGAAGAUCGGGGGCCUCCCCUGCUUGGAACAACGCGGGAAACGUAAGCGCUACAAAGAGAAGUCGGCCGUUCACGAGAGCCUUGGUAAGUACCGCCAUACUCCUUAAAACAAAUCGGAUCCGAUUUAAGGAAUAGAUUGAAAUCUCCUGCUUUUAGCAAAACUUUAAAUUGCUUGGAACUGCUAUCUUUUGCUUUCUGGUACCCGUUGGCCACAUUUGCACGUCACAUGAAAGAGCCAUCAAUUAGCCAUGAUGGGGAACCUUUUCCACCUCGGUCCUGAAUGAUUAGUUCGGAUUCCUGUAUUGCAGGAGGCAUAGGUGCUGGCUUCUAGAGGUCAAGGCAGUUUUGCCGCCCCCCGUGUUUUUUUGAGGGGUGGGUAGGCCCCCUCAAUAUUCAGAGGGUGUUUGGUUCCACCUCCCAGCUCCUUGCGAUGUUAGGACAUCCCAUCAGUUCCCCUCAAUCAACUUGAGAAGAUGGUACCUCUGGGCAGGGGGCUUGGAGUUUGGGUCGAUUUGGACCCCUUCCAAUUCCACAGGUGUAUGAUUCCGAGGGCCACAUUUUUCUGUGGGCAACCUUCCAGGGUCCACAUGCUGGUGGUGGGAGGGGCCAGAGGUAAAAGUAGGUGGGGCAAAAAACGUAAGGGCAGAUAAAGAGGUCUGGAUAAUGCCAUUCAGCACCUCCUCAUCCUGUUGUUUAUGAUUUUAGAUAUGCUGCAAGCCGCCCAAAGUGGCUAGGGAAACUCAGCCAGAUGAGUGGGGUAUAAUAAUAAAAUUAUUAUUAUUAUUAUUAUAGUGAUACCUCAGGUUACCUAGCUUCAGGUUACAUACGCUUCGGGUUACACACUCCGCUAACCCAGAAAUAGUGCUUCAGGUUAAGAACUUUGCUUCAGGAUAAGAACAGAAAUCGGGCUCCGGCGGCGUGGCAGCAGCAGGACGCCCCAUUAGCUAAAGUGGUGCUUCAGGUUAAGAACAGUUUCAGGUUAAGAACGGACCUCCAGAACGAAUUAAAUACUUAACCUGAGGUACCACUGUACUGUGUCAUGCAGAAGCUGGAAUGAUCCCAUGUGAGUCUCAGGCUUGCACAAAUUCUCCAGGAAGAGGACUCCCAACAGCAUUUUGCUUCAUUUCUGCUGAAUAUUUAGGGGUUUUUUUUGGAUGCAAACAGGGGUUUGUGGUUUAUAACAAACUCAGGUUCGUUUAACCAAGGCUUCUUGGUAGUGGCGCUCGCCCUGUGGAACGCCCUCCCAUCAGAUGUCAAAGCGAUAAACAACUACCUGACAUUCAGAAGACAUCUUAAGGCAGCCCUGUUCAGGGAAGUUUUUAAUGUGUGACAUUUUAGUGUAUUUUUGGUCUCUGUGGAAGUCGCCCAGAGUGGCUGGGGAGGCCCAGCCAGAUGGGCGGGGUACAAACAAUAAAUUAUUAUUAUUAUUAUUAUUAAGGCUUGGAGUUGACUUGCUUUGAAAGUGACCAGAGUAUUUUAUAAGCCCCACCAAUGACAAGCCGAGAGUUUCAUGAAAAAGAAGCGUGGCUAAAGUUGUGCUCUGGACCAGAGGGGGAGACAAAAGGGGGACAUCCAGGGCAGGUGGGGCUCACUUCGGCUCAUUCCGGCUUGUGAAUGCCACACUAAACUAUGGCUUACCGUGACGUGCCAAUGCAGCCAUUACGUUUGCUCUGACAGCAAUGAGUUCUAUGAGAAUAAAUGGUAAAAUAUCAUAAUAAUGCUAGAAUAAUAAUUCCUCUAUUUUAUUCUUAUAUUCUGGGGUGUCCUGAAUGUGAGGCAACAGUCACCUGUGAAAUUGAUGGUGUUUCCUUUUGGGUGCUUUCUGCUUGGUGAUGGCUGUUCUCCUUCUGUUUCUUUGGCAUUGGGAGGUAGGGUUAGGUUUAGGUUUAGGGUCAAUGUUGGAGGUAGGGUUAGGUUAGGGUUGGGUUUAGGGUUAGGGUUGGAGGUAGGGCUAGGGUUAAGGUUGGGCAAGAUCAACUGCAGGGUUUGCAAAACUUGGGUCUCCAGCUGUUUUUGGACUACAGUUCCCAUCAUCCCUGACCACCGGUCCCGCUCACUAGGGACGAUGGGAGUUGUAGUCCGAAAACAGCCAGAGACCCAAAUCUGGGAAACAGCGAUCUACUGGGAAGAGUUACUUGGCCUUACUUGAGCCUGAGCUGUUUGGUUUCUUUGAACAAAGAGUUACCGUAUUUUUUGCUCUAUAAGACGCAUCAGACCACAGACCAUCUAGUUUUUGGAGGAGGAAAACAAGAAAAACAAUAUUCUGAAUCUUAGAAGCCAGAACAGCAAGAGGGAUCGCUGCGCAGUGAAAGCAGCAAUCCCUCUUGCUGUUCUGGCUUCUGGGAUAGCUGCGCAGCCUGCAUUCACUCCAUAAGACGCACACACAUUUCCCCUUACUUUUUAGGAGAGAGAAAGUGAGUCUUAUAGAGCAAAAAAUACGGUAACUACACUGAUGCUUUGUGAGUUAUUUUUGACCUGACCCUGGCACCUGCCUCUGACAACCUGGGAAUUGCAGGUGGUGAGCUCAAUGUCGGGGGGAGCGUGUCUUCAUGGCGCCUGGGGUGGGCGCACCAAAAUGCGCCCUCGAAAAAACUGUGCCUCAGAGCAAUGGUUCCCGCCCUUGCUAUGCCUCUGGGAGAGCUCACUGUUGCACUCAGGUCCUGCUUGCAGAAUCCCAUUUAGCAUUUGGUUGGCAGCUUUAGGAACAGGAUACUGGAUGAGGUGGGGCUUUGGCCUGAUCCUGUUUUAUAUUCCUAUUCCAUGAGGAACGCCAGCAGUUGAGACUGGGAAGCAGUGCAGGGAAAGGCAUCCCUGCUCCUUCUCCUCUCACAGAUUCGUACCUGUUUCCAGAAAUGUGAGGAGAGGUCUUGCAUCGCGUAGCUUGUGGGGAGCUUGCGCUAGGUUCCUUUUGUUUUGUUCUCCGCCACGCUCUCACUGUUACACAAACACCGAUAUCGCUCUGUUAAAAAGUUCCCUUUGUUGAGAGCUUUGCAAAGUCUUUCUUUCUCCUGACAAGUAUUGCAAUGCGAGGGCCUUAAAAAAAAUAAAAUAAAAAUGACAACAUCUCUCCUUCGCUGCGUUGUGGGCGUCGGUGCUUUUUGGAGCUGCCACAGACGGCAGUGCAAACAUAUAUUUACCAAAGCUUUUAAAAAAUGUGAAUUAUUAAUAAACAGGGUAGGUUUUAAAAACUGAGGAAAGUGGGAGGAAUAGUGGGGGGGCCCGGGGCUGAGAAGACUUGCCUGCACGCUAUAGUGAUUUGCAUUUGAAAGUAAUUCUUACAUGAUUGACAAGUAAAUCCUUUAAAAUGUGGUAUUUAUAAUGGAAAGGCUCAUAUCGCCUUGAACCGCAGCCUGUACUGUGGGAGAAAGAUGGCGUUUGUAUUGUUGUAGCCUUGGGUGUGUAUAUAUAGAGACAGUGCUGCUACUUAUGAAUUAUACUGGGAAAUUGAAGUAGGAAACAGUUUUUCCUUUUUGCUAAAAUGGGAAAGGUGAUGUCAAAGCUAUUCAGAACAUUUACCUGUUCGCUCCGUUGUCUUGUGAUGGGGGUUGUAAUGGAUGUACCAAGGGGAAGAGGAAUUUGACCCAAACAGCCUUUGUGCUCAUGCAUGCUCUAUCUUGAAGGAAAUUUGACACCUCUUCUGAAACCACAUAUCAAGUCUGGGGACCACAUUUAGGAUGCGAUGGGGCGCUCCCAUUUGUUCAUCUGCCUCUGCUGCUUUCACAUAACGAAAGGAAAGUGGGGGCGACUUUGGUAACGAAAGGGCGUGCAGUUUAGGGGAGCAAAAUCUUCCCUGCUUUGCAUCCUCCACUCCAGCCCCUCCCAGUUUCCUCCCAAUCAAACUCACUUCUGGUAUUUGAACCAGAUUAGGGGAAAAAUAGAGACGUGGGUGCGGCUGUGGGUUAAACCACUGAGCCUAGGGCUUGCCGAUCAGACGGUCGGCGGUUCGAAUCCCCGUGACAGGAUGAGCUCCCGUUGCUCAGUCCCUGCUCCUGCCAACCCAGCAGUUCGAAAGCACGUCAAAGUGCAAGUAGAUAAAUAGGUACCACUCCGGUGGGAAGGUAAACGGCGUUUCCGUGCGCUGCUCUGGUUCGCCAGAAGCGGCUUAGUCAUGCUGGCCACAUGACUUGGAAGCUGUACGCUGGCUCCUUCGGCCAAUAAAGCGAGAUGAGCGCCGCAACCCCAGAGUCGGUCACGACUGGACCUAAUGGUCAGGGGUCCCUUUACCUUUACUUUAGGGGGCAAAUGGGCCACAAUGACAACAGGGCCUGAUUUAGGUUUAAUGACGUCCUAAGCUACUGAAGGUAAUAGGGCCCUUUAUAUGUCCAGCUGUCCUUUGUCAACAACAAAUUGUUGCUGUUUUUUGUGUUGAAUAUAUGCUAUAUGGUAAUUUAUGGACCUAAUAGGUAUCUAAAGCGAUUUGCACAUAACAAAAUAUGUAUUUUAUCAAAGUAAUUGUUGAACUGAAAUACAAUUAAGAAGAAGUAUAUUAAUAGUGAAAUACAAUUAAGAAGAAGUAUAUGAAUUGUGAAAUAAUUAUUAAGCUCUAACUUAAAAUGAUUUUUUAUUCAUAACAAACUUAAUAACGCAAACACAUUGGCAUUUGGCAAUAACAAAAGUUCCUUUAGAAACACAAUUUACAAAGACUCAUAAUCUAGUCUCUCGAAACUUGCUAUAACAUGGAAUAAUAAUUGUGGGGUUUUUGGUUUUUUUAUCUUAUAUUUUGGAAAUGUGCAUCCAGUUUUCCCCCCCUUUAAAUUUUUUGGGGCCCCCAAGAGAGUGGGGCCCUAAGCUAUAUCUUGUUUAGCUUAUACAAAGCGCUAGGAGGUGAGGUUCAGGCAGGGGAAAGAUUCACCCCGUGCAACUCUGGGGAAAAGAUUUAGUCCCCUUCUCCCGUCACUGUCAGCGGGGCAGAUCCGUGAACUAGGUUUCCCCAACCCAAUGUCCUCCAGAUGUUGAAGAACUGCUGCUCUCAUCCCUCUAAUGGUUGGUUGUGCUUUCUGAUGGGAGUUGUAGUCAAAAGCUUCGGGUUAAGGAAGGCUGAAAUAAAUAAACGUGGGUGCUUCUCCCAUAUCCAGUUGGUUCUGAAUUUCUAGGCCAAAGAGCUCAUUCAGACAUACCAUCCAGGGACCCUAUUUUUCAGGGAGAGUCCUGGAAUUACAAAAGCCAUCUCAGUUUCUGAUUUGCUUCUGAUGGAAUAUCCCGUUGGCUCUUUAUGGUCACCGCUGCUGGCCUCUUCCAAUAAUAGUAAUAAUAAUAAAUAAUAAUAAUAAUAAUAAUAAUAAUAAUAAUAAUAAUAAUUUAUUUAUACCCGACCCUCCCCAGCCAAGACCGGGCUCAGGGCGGCUAACACCAGGUAUAAAACAAUUGAUUAAAAUACAACUUAAAAACAAGAUUAGAAUAGAACCUUAAAAUGCAGCCUCAUUUCAGUAGAAACUCAAAUCAAAAACUUUUUGGGGAUGAAAACGUCAAAUCUUCAUCAAGGCCAACUAUCCAGACUGGUCUUACGUGGGCCAGAAAAAAAGCCAAGGAAGUCCCAGACACAGAAGGAGAAAGGAAAAAGGAAAGAGGGGAAGGGGAUCAAGUUGAUUCCAAGCCAAAGGCCAAGCGGAACAACUCUGUCUUACAGGCCCUGUGGAAAGAAAUCAGAUCCUGCAGGGCCCUGGUCUCAUGAGAGAGAGAGUUCCACCAGGCCGGAGCCAUCACUGAAAAGGCCCUGGCUCUGGUUGAGGCUAAUCUGACUUCCUUAGGGCCCGGGACCUCUAGGGUGUUGCUAUUUAUGGACCUUAAGGUCCUCCGCGGGGCAUACCGGGAGAGGCGGUCCGUUGGUACCAGGGUCCUAGACCGUGAAGGGCUUUAAAGGUCAAAACCAGCACCUUAAAUCUGACUCUGUACUCCACCAGUGCAGCUGGAAAAGCAGUUUGUAAUGGCUGAUGGAGAGCAGGCAAAGAAGAGGAGAGGUUGCCGGUACUGAGGCCCAGCCCCGUGAGACAUGCCAGCUCUGAGGGGCAGGCAGAGGCCAGGGCCUCCCUGAGAGGGAAGAAAGGACAAGGAGUUAUUAUUAUUAUUAUUAUUAUUAUUAUUAUUAUUAUUAUUAAAUGCUUCGUGCAUCCGUGCCCAAUCUUGCCUCCCUCCUAAAUAAAUUAAAACAAAAUUGGGAUUAAGUAGUUUUCUCGGGACGGUGGAGGGCUUGUGUGUUGUGUCCUGUUGGUGAAGCCGUGGUGGCCCUUCAGGCUUCUUCUGACAGAAAAUGCUCUGUAGGCUGGGGAGGGACAAAAAAAAUGGGGGGGGUCAAGGAGGGUCAUUUGCAGGGAGUGAGAAAUGUCCCUAUUUUUCAUCUGAGGAAAGUCAGAGGGUAUGUGCUUAUCAUGUGCUGACUGUCUCCCGAACGUACAAUUAGUCUCCGUUUUCUUUAAAAAAACAAACAACCCUGUGCUGUUGCAUUGAAACUGGGUGAUUAUAAAAGUUCUGCUUUUGAUGGCUCCAGAGUUCCAGAGCGGGGUCUCUCCCUGCUUCCUUAGAGAGGUCUGAGGAUUGAACCAAGGCCUUCAUUCUCUUCUACGGAGCUAUUCCAUUCAGCCUACAAGCCUAACACAUAGAUCCCCUCCCUGAGUUGUUCGAGUUUCUAUCAGCUCAGGCUGAACAACCCUUUUGCAUCUGCUGUUGCAGGAAGUCUUGCUUUGCGCUCAGGUAUUCCAGAGACUUCUGCGAUUGUGCUUUUUGUACCGUUCCAGCACAUUUGCUCUGUAUGGCAACCUUGCAUUUUAUAACCUGCCCCUAGCCGUUAAUGAACAAUGGGUGUCAGAUUUAUACAAUAUAGAGUUUGCUUCCUUUUUUUUAAUGCAUUGGAAACAAUGGAGAAUGCAAUUAAUUGCUGCCAUUCCUUUUCCUUCAAGGCAAAGUACGUGUUCUUAAAAGGGUUGGGAUGAAAGUAAAAUCUAAACAGGAGUAUGAUUAAUGGGAAACAAUUAUUUGGUGGUGAGCCACUUUGUUUCGGAUUCCAAGACAGUUUUAUUUGAAAUUAUGGGGAACUUCAUACCAGAGGAUUAGAGACAGCAAGUGUAGCAAAUACUGGUUCAGCUGGCAUGGAAAGGCAUUAUGCAAUUGAGCCUUAGGCUCCUUCCUCCAUGUGCUCAGAGUCAAUCACUCACUCACUGAUCAAUGCAAACCAUAAUUUGCUGUUGCAACCAACCUAGCAAACUGUAAUUUGCACCCAACCUCCGUACUAGAAUUUAAAACGAUGGUUUGCAGGGGAAAUGCAAACCCUAGUUUAUUGGUUUGGAUGCAGCGGCAAACUAUUGCUUCUGCUAAAAUGUGGCCUUCCAAUUACAUCAGGAGCGGAGGAAGGGUCUUGAUCCCCCUUUGCCAAUCCUCUGCUGGCCACAUGCCAGAAGUGGGUGUGUCUAUCCUGCACAUGAACACUCGCAAACAUAUAUACACGUGUAUAGGCACAUGCAGCCACCCCAGCCGAUCAACCAACUGUUGAAUGGGGAGUGUACGAUUUACAUCCCCAUCCAUCUGCUGUGUUUAGCAUUUAAACCUCUGCAUCCACCCCAACACUAUCUGCUUUAUUGUUACUUGGGGAACCUGUAAACAUGGUUUGAACCAUCCCUUGCAUCACCUAGUUAUAAAUUAACUUUUGACAUUCAUCCUGUGCUUUUGGUUUGGUGAAUCCCUGGUUGUCUUGCAAAUUUGGGUGAAAGCAUUCUCUCCUUCUGGUUUGUGGUGUGUGGACACUUCUCCUUUCUCUUUUCUGUGCUCUCUUUCUUUCUCUCAGCUUGGAUAAUUUUAGUAGGUCUAACAAAGAGGUUAAAAGGGGGGCAGGCGAUCUUUUGAUAACCUUUUGCAAUGCUUAUUCUGUAGCUCACAGACCUCUGAGUCUGGCAUGCUGGCAGAGAUGA